AUGGGUUUAUAUAUUUCUACUCUAUUUAACUCAUUAUUGGGUGCUAAAGAAAUGAGAAUUUUAAUGGUUGGUUUAGAUGGUGCCGGUAAAACCACUGUUUUAUAUAAAUUAAAGUUGGGUGAAGUUGUUACUACUAUCCCAACAAUCGGUUUCAAUGUUGAGACUGUUGAAUAUAAGAACAUUUCCUUUACCGUUUGGGAUGUUGGUGGACAAAACAAAAUUAGACCAUUAUGGAAACAUUAUUAUAGAAAUACCGAGGGUAUUAUUUUUGUUGUUGAUUCUAACGAUAGAGCUCGUAUCGGUGAAGCUAGAGAAGUUUUGCAAAGAAUGUUAAAUGAAGAUGAAUUGCGUGAUGCAGUUUUGUUAGUUUUUGCUAACAAACAGGAUUUGCCUGAAGCCAUGAGUGCUGCUGAAGUUACUGAAAAACUAGGUUUACAUUCUAUUAGACAACGUCAAUGGUAUAUUCAAGCUACAUGUGCCACAUCUGGUGAAGGUUUGUACGAAGGUUUGGAAUGGUUGAGUAACACUUUAAAAAAGAAGAGUUAG